AAGAAUCGGCCGCCUGACUUUCUCUUUUCUGGACGGAACAUGCUAACAUUAGCCUAGCCACUUUUCUUGCUGCAAGUUUGAUGUGAAGUUUUUCAGGCUCGUAACUUCUCUUACCCGCUAUGUUGUUGACUAGUAACAGCACAUGUCAACGUUAAACACCGUUCAGUUAAUUACUCACAGGAAGUAAAAAACAAUAAGAUGUUUAACUACAGCAGCAACAACAGUCUUGGUGGACCUCAGCUGACGUCUGUCCCAUGCUCCAGUGCCAACCUCUCCUCCUGCACCCCCACAGGGUCUCUGCUGGACAGGAAGGUGGUGGGGGCCCCCUCUGCAGGAGGCCUGUUCCAACGCCGUCACUCAGUCAGUCUCUCCAGUACAAAGUUCAACCAGAAUCAGUUCGUAAACAGCCUUAAAACGGAUCCCUCAGUGUUGUUGGGCAGCAGCUGCAGUGGCAACAACAAGGAGAACCGUUUCCGUGAGCGCUCUUACUCAGAGCUGGGUGACAGACUGCGCCCCAGUGGUCAGGCAUGUGCAAGUGGAAGCAGCCAAGUCAACUCGAGUCGAUAUAAAACGGAGCUGUGCCGGCCCUAUGAGGAGAAUGGCACAUGCAAGUACGGUGAUAAGUGCCAAUUUGCCCAUGGCAUGCAUGAGCUGCGCAGCUUGAGCCGUCACCCAAAAUACAAGACUGAGCUGUGCCGCACCUUCCACACCAUCGGAUUCUGCCCAUACGGCCCCCGCUGCCACUUCAUCCACAAUGCAGAGGAGCGGCGCGGGCCCCCUCCCCUCUCUGCCUUCAACAAGAUGGAGCGCCCUCGGCUGCAGCACAGCUUCAGCUUCGCCGGUUUCUCCAGCUCUGGCGGCCCACAGGACAGCCCCACUUCAGUCACACCUCCACCUGUGUUCUCCACUGAAGACCUGACCGAGUGGCAGAGCAAUCCCUUCACCUACUCCAGUCAAGAGCUUACCAGCCUGUUUGGCCCAAGCCUGGGUCCCCCGCCUGUGUCUGAGCCUCAAGGUCUGGCCCCGCCUUCCCCAACCACACCCUGCUUUUUUCAACCCACAUCGGAGAGCCCCCCCAGCCCUCCAGACUCUCUGUCUGACCAGGAGGGAUACCAGAGCAGCAUUGGCAGCCAGAGUGGCUCUGAGUCCCCCCUCCUGGAUGCCUCCCGCCGCCUCCCCAUUUUCAGCAGGCUCUCUGUCUCUGAUGAUUAAGGUGUCUGCAUCUCUGGGUCUGAGAUGGGAGUGAUGGAGGGGGAGAGAGAGGAAGAUGGAUACCUAUUCACCUCCCUAACUUCCUCCUCCUCCUCCUCCUCUCAGCCCUGUUUACAGGAGAAGCAGACUGCUCUGUGCAUUGUUUUUACCAGUGAGUCACAUCAGAACACCAGAUACCUUCUCUCAUUUGAGGUUUGUCUUUCCUUACCUUUAAGGAACCUCACCCCAAAUCUAGAUCAGGUCUCUUCAUUAUGAUGAACACUUACUAAACCAGAAUCAUUUUCGCAUAAACACCCUGCCCUGGUGGGAUGAAUGCGAUUGUAAAAAGUAGCUCUGAGUUCACAUUAUAAAGUAGUUUAAUAUGACUUAUGUGCAGUCAGAGUGGCAGUGGGCCCAGAGUGUGUGUUCAGUACAGGGCUGUUGACUGCGCUCCAACCUCCUGCUGGCUUAUGACAGCUCAGUGUUCAACCUUUAAAGUAUCAUCACCAUAAAAUGAACAAGAAAGUCCAUAGACAGUAAGUGUCUUAAAGUGCCUUGCAGUUUAUUCAUGACCAGCAGUAAGCCUCUUCUAAUUAUGCCCAGUUUUCUCCUCCUCUCACUUGUGUCACGUGACUGUGUGUUUUUUAAGAGGCAGACUUGCAGAUCACUUUCCCCCAGUCAGGUUGGGAUGCUGGUGCUAGGUGCCUUGUAUCACUAAGCUGGUGGUCUGUCAUCAUUUUCCGGGGUUUUGAGUCAAUCUUUGAACAGGAUUCAAAAUAAAUUCUCUGAUGUUGGAGGUUGAGUUAAAGGGUCGUUUCACCCAAAUGACAAGAAAACCUAUUCUGUCACAUACCUCUCAUGUAUAGUUUAGGUUUAUUAUGUCUAGAGAUACCUGCCUCUAUUGCACCCCAUUGGAAGAGGGUGGAGUUUAGUGUAUGUUCACAGCAUCAAAAAAAAAAGACAUUUUUACAAGUUCAAUGGCAGCAUCUCUUCCACAUCAAUGUCACUCUGAAUCACCCAUAGAACAUACUGAAGCAGUUUUCUUAUGGCCUAUUUCUUUUGCAGAACAUACUUCCAAUAACAGUGUUCUCACUGAAGUCUGUGGAGCAACAGAGUAAUGCAGACUCUGUUGUUGUUGUUCAUUUGUGUGAAGUGACUCUUUAACAAACUGCCAGCAGACUAAGUUGACCAGCAGUUGACGGGUUCCUGCUGUUAAUUUGCCACCUUCAGAUUUAGAGUUCAAACUCUGCUGCAAAGUUCUGACCAUUGAACUCCCAACAGUUUAGCAGUUGAGCUUCUCAAUCUCAUCACAUCUAUCUAAACCCCACAGAUCAGUUCUGUGUCUGAAAUCAGAUGAGCAUAAAUGCUCCUGUUGAUUCCGCCAUGUUCAAUGUUAUUAUUAUUAUGAUGUUAUUAUUAUUGUCUAGUUUAUUUCCCAAAGCCCUCAAAGUUGGGGAUUUGGCUGUCACUGCUUAUUUAUCAAAAUGUAUUUAUUGCUGAUCUUAAGCAUUUUUAUUUUGUAUUUAUCUGGUUAAUGAAACAAUAGGAUAUAUAUUUUCUGUUAUGUUAAAUUAUGAUCUUCCGUAUUAAUCGCAAGAUUGUGAAGACCUUUUUUUGUUAUUUUUAUUCACAGUUAAUAUAUUAUACUGCAAUGACCUUUUUUUGUAACACUUGAUUUAUUUUGAAAGUGAAUCUUAAUUUAAAACACAAAGGUUUAGCAUUUGUAUUUAUUGUUUGUUCCUCCCACACGUUGGACUGCAGUUUGAGGUUCUCUGUUGCAGUCUGAAGGCACAAACGCACUGGAAGUAUCAAAGUCAAAGCCCCUGCUAGAGGCAUAACUACAAGCUUUGUCUUUUCAGUGAGGGGGUGACACUCUGCAGCUACCUUAAUCAAGUUCAAAUGAUGAGUAAAGCUAAUACAGUAAUUGCAAACUAAUCAGAAAACUAAGCUAGUAGCAUAUACAGUAGUUGUUGAAAGUAUAGACAAAGUAUGAAUGCACUCAGGGUGCGGGUGGUGCUGGUCUAACAGGGUUCUUACAGCCAACACACACACCAUUCGGCUCUUGUCACUGUUGUGACUCCUGGAGAUGAUAUACCACCAGUUAGGCGGUGUGUGUGUUUUUUUUUUUUUUUUGUUUACUGGCUCUGUGUCUGGAGCAGCUCCCCUGCUGCUCUUUUCCCCCACUUCACUAUCUUUACACACAUUUUUGCCAGAGCAGCUCACACCUUUUCAAGUGUGAAAUUCACUGUGAAUGUAUAUAAAUUCCUAUAUUUAUUAAAUUGAAAUUAAUUUAAAGCCUUUCAACCAUGUUUGGAAAUUGCACCAAGAAGUUUGGGGAAAAUAGUUUUAUAUCCUUCAGAUAGAUAGAACAAUUCACUCAGUGGGUUUAGACCUCCAUCCUUCAAGUACACCAGUGUCAGUCUACAGAGCAUCUAAACAAUACUGAGCAACAGGAUAUUCAAAGUGACAGUAUUUCCAUUAAUUUGCUGAAUUUGACUGAAUUCAGAGUGUUGUAACCCUGGAAUGUUGGAACACAACUCUUGUAGGAACCGUGUUAACAUUUCCCACCUGCACUCUACCAGCUGUCAAAUUUCCAGAUCAAAAUGCAGGCGUGUUGACCAUAGCUUCCAGUGUGUCCAGGCCUCUCAUCUCUGCUGCAGUUCUGGGUAGCAUCUUCUUUCAUUCUCUACAAUGCAGGCUCUGGAACAGUCCUGUUCUCAUAUUUGUGUCUUUUUUUUCGGAUGACUUCUCAUUUGAUUAUCAGCCACUCAGUUUUACAAACAACAUUUUAAGGCUUUGUUUUGAAAGGACGAUAGAAGCAUGCCUGUUCCGCAGUAUCACGCACAGACUUACUAGCACUUUGAGUCAUGAUGAUCAUGAUGAUGUAAAGGUUGUUUCUGACCACUUUUUUUCCCAUGAAGUGCCUAUAAAUACAUUCCAGGUUUCUCAAAUGUGCCUUCAUAUGUUUCUGUAACAGAGCAGAUAAAAGCCUAAAAUGUAUUCCUGUAGGUUGGAGGUUAACAGGAUUGACACAUGAAAAGCAACUGUUGAAUGUAUUCUCCAGCAGCUGUUGCUGUCACUACAGUAAUUACUUUGUUUAUGGUUUAUUUUGUUAUGACAGAUUGCAGUUAAAACCAAUAAAACAUGUCUUUAUACUGAA